AUAGAGGUGCAAAUCCUCAACACCUAGCUAGCUGGCUACUAUAACUGCGUUCCGAUGAUCCAUGUAUAUAUUCCAUCAGAUCAGAUCUCAUGAAUAACGUUUAUUCAUUAAUUAACAUCUAUCGUCACAGUUUAUUAAAAAUAGGAUAGCAGAUCGACGACCACUCCGGUCACUGCUCAGAUCAUCACCGGCCAACCUAACGCGCACAUAUAUAUAUAUCGAAAAGAAAUAUACAUAUAAAAUGGUUUUGUCAAAGGCAACCGCCCGACCAGACGCCUCCGUCCACUCCUCCACCUUCGCCUCCAGAUAUGUCCGCACUUCGCUUCCCCGGUUUGAGAUGGCAGGGGAAUCGAUCCCGAAGGAAGCGGCGUAUCAGAUCAUCAACGACGAGCUGAUGCUGGACGGGAACCCGAGGCUGAACCUGGCGUCCUUCGUGACGACGUGGAUGGAGCCGGAGUGUGACAAGCUCAUCAUGGCCUCCAUCAACAAGAACUACGUCGACAUGGACGAAUACCCCGUCACCACUGAGCUCCAGAACCGAUGCGUCAACAUCAUCGCCCAUCUCUUCCACGCGCCGCUCGGUGACGGAGAGGCCGCCGUCGGUGUCGGCACCGUCGGCUCCUCCGAGGCCAUCAUGCUCGCCGGCUUGGCCUUCAAGCGCAAGUGGCAGAACAAGAUGAAAGCCCAGGGCAAGCCCACCGACAAACCUAACAUUGUUACCGGUGCCAACGUUCAGGUGUGUUGGGAGAAAUUUGCACGGUAUUUUGAAGUGGAGUUGAAAGAGGUGAAGUUGAGAGACGGGUACUAUGUGAUGGAGCCGGAGAAAGCGGUGGAAAUGGUGGACGAGAACACGAUAUGCGUGGCGGCGAUCCUGGGGUCAACGCUGAACGGAGAGUUCGAGGACGUGAAGCUGCUGAACGACCUGCUGGUGGAGAAGAACAAAGAGACGGGGUGGGAGACCCCAAUCCACGUGGAUGCAGCCAGCGGCGGCUUCAUCGCGCCCUUCAUCUAUCCGGAGCUGGAAUGGGACUUCCGGCUGCCGCUGGUGAAGAGCAUCAACGUGAGCGGCCACAAAUAUGGCCUGGUCUACGCUGGCAUCGGUUGGGUGAUCUGGAGGAGCAAGGACGACUUGCCCGACGAACUCAUCUUCCACAUCAAUUAUCUCGGUGCUGAUCAGCCUACUUUCACUCUCAACUUCUCCAAGGGUUCUAGCCAAGUAAUUGCUCAAUACUACCAACUAAUUCGAUUGGGUUUUGAGGGUUACAAGAAUAUAAUGGAGAAUUGCCAAGAGAAUGCAACAGUGUUGCGAGACGGACUGGAGAAAACGGGGAAGUUCAACAUUGUAUCCAAAGAGACAGGGGUGCCGCUGGUGGCCUUCUCUUUGAAAGACAGCAGCCGCUACACGGAGUUUGAGAUCUCCGACAUGCUGCGCCGCUACGGCUGGAUUGUUCCGGCCUACACCAUGCCUCCCGACGCGGAGCACGUCACCGUGCUUCGCGUCGUGGUCCGUGAAGACUUCUCACACACCUUGGCCGAACGCCUCGUCAAUGACAUCCAGAAAGUCAUCCACGAACUCGACACCCUUCCGGCUCGGGUUGGUGCCAAAAUCGCCGCCGCCGCCAAUGAUGACGACUCUCCGGCCCUUGACGUUCAGAAGAAAACUGAGCGUGAAGUUACUCUUGAGAUCACCGCGGCUUGGAAAAAGCUCGUCGCUGAUCGCAAGACCAUCAAGACUAACGGAGUUUGUUAGUACUCCAUAUAUCUUUCUACCUACACAUCUACAUACUAUACGUACGUUAAUUUAAUUUAAUACGGACUAUAUAUUGGACCAUAUAUAUACACACACGUACUAAUAAUACACCAUCCAUUAUGUAUGUACUCAAUAUUACUUUCAGGCUCUUAUAUUAUCUCUUUCUUUUCACUAAUUAAUAACUUUAUUAACUUUGCCAAAAAAAAACUUCAUUAACU